CUGUGUCUGAAUUCCCAUAAAUGUGCUGUCGCUGCCAACUACGGAGUUUCUUGAAUACUUAUUCAAAAGUCUGUAGACACGUAUUUCCUACUAUAUAAAUUCUCCCGAGUAAGAGCCCGUGCUGCCCGGAUAUUAGAGUUCAUACAGUUUUGAAGAUAAUUCAUUCUUGGAUAGAACUGCGCGCUGGGAAGUCAGAACACCAAUUACCCUUUAUUCUUCUGUAGCUGAAAAUAUCUGCCUUAAAUCUGCUGUUCCUGUGCAGAAAUUGGUAGUUGCCAAAAGGGUCUUUUCUAUAUACCUCAUCAGUGUGUGUCGUGUGUGAAUUUAUAUGGCUGGUGAGGGGGGUAAAGGGGGCACGUCGAGAAAUCUUGAUCAGACACCGACAUGGGCAGUGGCGGGUGUGUGUGCAAUAAUUAUAAUCAUCUCUAUUGCCCUGGAAAAGGUCCUCCACAAAGUUGGAACGUGGUUGACGGACAGGCAUAAGAAAGCUCUUUAUGAGGCGUUGGAGAAGGUCAAAGCCGAGUUGAUGAUACUUGGUUUCAUAUCACUGAUCCUAGUGUUCAGUCAAUAUUACAUUGCUGAGAUCUGCAUACCCACAAAUGUCGCUGAUACCAUGUUGCCUUGCCGUGCAAGUGCUGAUGACAAAGCCAAGGAAGAGCACCGUCGUAGACUUUUGUCGUAUGAGCGACGAGUUUUGGCUGCCAAAAAAGAGCCUACUUGCGGAGAGGGGCAUGUAGCGCUUAUAUCAGUGAAUGGACUACACCAGAUACACAUCCUUAUAUUCUUUCUAGCAGUCUUCCACGUGAUCUACAGUGCCAUUACUAUGGCUCUCGGAAGACUUAAGAUUCGUGGCUGGAAGCAAUGGGAGCAGGAGACUUCAUCUCACAACUAUGAGUUUUCUAAUGAUCCUUCAAGAUUCAGGCUUACUCAUGAGACAUCUUUUGUGAGGGCACACACUAGUUUCUGGACCCGGAUUCCGUUGUUCUUUUAUAUCGGAUGCUUUUUUCGACAAUUUUUUAAGUCUGUUAGUAAAUCUGAUUACUUGACUCUCCGCAAUGGCUUUAUUACUGUUCAUUUGGCGCCGGGAAGCAAGUUUAACUUCCAAAAGUACAUCAAGAGGUCACUGGAAGAUGACUUCAAGACUGUUGUGGGAGUAAGUCCAGUGUUGUGGGGAUCAUUUGUGGUGUUCUUGCUACUAAACGUUAACGGGUGGCAAGCGCUGUUUUGGGCAUCGUUAAUUCCUCUAUUUUUAAUCUUAGCUGUUGGCACAAAGCUACAAGCUAUUUUGACAAGAAUGGCGCUUGACAUAACAGAGCGACAUGCAGUCGUUCAGGGCAUACCUCUUGUCCAAGGGUCGGACAAAUACUUUUGGUUUGGCCGGCCUCAGUUGGUUCUGCAUCUUAUACACUUUGCACUGUUUCAGAAUGCCUUCCAAGUGACGUACUUCUUGUGGAUUUGGUAUGAGUUUGGUCUGAAAUCUUGCUUCCACGACAAUUUCGGACUUGUAAUCGCAAAAAUUGGUUUGGGGGUUGGAGUCCUAUUCUUAUGCAGCUACAUUACACUUCCACUGUAUGCCUUAAUUGCUCAGAUGGGCUCACACAUGAAGAAAUCAAUCUUCGACGAACAAACGUCCAAGGCCCUCAAGAAGUGGCACAUGGCUGUGAAGAAGAAGCAUGGCGGACGGGCAGGAAGGUCCCCUACUCGAACUUUAGGUGGUGGAAGUCCCACAUCGUCAAUGGGUUCGCCGUUCCACCCUACAGCUGCCACACUGCAUCGUUUCAAAACAACUGGCCACUCAACUCGGUUUGGGUACGAAGACCAUGAUGCAUCCGACCUAGAAGAGCCAUCGACGCCUCCAGCACCGACAACCAGCUUAAUUAUACGAACUGCAGAUCCAGAUCCCUUGGAGCAUGCUGAUCAUCAUAUUGAUGUAGAACACGAUAUCGGUGUAGCCGAUCAUGGAGAUGAAACGAGGAACGAAGACGACUUCUCGUUUGCAAAGCCUGCUCCCCAGAAAGGAGGCUGAAGCAAAGCUUGUAUUGCUUUUGGCAUUAUAGUUCCCUGAGUAUAAUUUCCUCUGCUUGCUUAUGUAUUCAUUGUCAAAAAUUUCGCAGUAUUGGGAAGCAAUGUUGUUAGAUAUAGCUAGAAUUUUGUACAUUUUUCAGCAAGUAUUGUUUUCAAUACCACAUUUUUGGUUUCCCUCUCUUAAUUGUAUUUCGAGUUUAUCUUUUUUUA